UGCGCUCGGACGCGUUGCGAACCCCUUGGGGAUACCGGGCCACUUUAUUCUGUGAUCCUGACUCAAUUGUGCUCUAUUAAAAAGGAUAACUUCAGUCAAAUCAUUACUUGCAAUAUUAACUCAAUCAUAGAUUUCACUGAAAGACUAUUUAUACUAAAUUUUGGUUUUUACUUUUUUAUUAAUUAAUUUAAUUCCUAAAUUAUUGGUUCUAAAUUUCGAUAGUAAUAAUGGGCGUUAUAUGUUGAGGUUGUUAGCCAGGGGUGCAAAACAUUUUCAAUAGCGUGUUCUAGUUACGUAACAUCGCCGGGGAAAAUCGAUAUCCUGAGCGUAUAAAUAGCGCCCUACGAUUGAGAACAGCUGGCUGGCCGCCAGACGAAAUGCAGCCUGUGAGGAUGAGAAGACCGCGUCGGCAUCGCUGGCUGACAGUCUCGGUGUUCUUUAUUGCAUAUUCCAUCUUCCAAGCGGUGCUGAGCGCUUCCACGUCGCCUUUGAUAGACAAACUAACGACCACCGGGGAGGAUUCCCAACCAGCGAGCCCUGAACUAAACUCUAAAGGAACUACGAAAGAGGCAAUAGCUUCGUCACCUCUACCAGUGACCAGCCAAUCCGAAGACGAAGAUACUAGUGAGUUACCACCAGAGGGUGGCAAGAAAGGACUCAAAGGCUCAGAGGAAGAAGAAGAGGGAGAAAAAAAGAAACAGAAAGAUGAUGGUUACAUCAAAACAAAUGAUGAGGAUGCUAUCCCUACUGUCCAUCCAUUGAGGAAUUGUACUCCGCCUGCAAUUGAACAGUUCCCUCAGCCUCUGAUGGGUCAGAAUGCGCGUAAGCAUGGCGGCCUCAUUCUACACAUCUUGGUAGCUGUGUUCACCUUUAUCGGUCUCGCAAUUGUCUGUGAUGAAUACUUUGUUUGCAGCUUGGAUAGGAUCUGUGAAGAACUGAAGCUAGCGCCUGACGUGGCAGGUGCAACUUUCAUGGCCGCCGGUAGCUCCGCUCCUGAACUUGCCACUGUUGUUAUUGGUGUCUUUUGCGCACAGGACGAUAUAGGUGUGUCUGGUGUGAUCGGGUCAGCAGUGUUCAACAUAAUGUUUGUGAUCUCCGUGUGCGCUCUGUGCGCCGGUACCGUGAGCCACCUCAACUGGUGGCCGCUCUGCCGCGAUUGCUUCUUCUAUGCCAUCUCUAUACUUGUCAUGCUCUGUACUAUCGCCAAUAAAUACGUCUCCUGGCCAGAAGCUCUGUUCAUGUUGAUAAUGUACGGCGUGUACUGCCUGGCGCUGCGCUUCAAUACCGAACUUGAACGAUGGGCGCUGACCUUGCCGCUGCCCUUCAAACUACCCACAAGAGAGGAGCAGGCCGCACUCGUCACUUACAGAAGUUCAGGAGGUCAACCUCCGGCGGCCGCCGCCAACGCAGAGGGCCAGUACACGCAGAUGGAGGGACAGACUAAGGAAACUCCUUUACAACCUACUGCCUAUAAUCCUGAUGGUGCUUACGACAACGCGGCAUACAACGCUGAGCCCAUCCCCGUGUGGGAUCCCAAUGCGGUUUGGGACCCCGACCAAGCCUGGGAUUCUUCUACGCAAGGAGCGCCCGCGCAACCUGGUUGGCGACCUGAAACUCAACAGCCUCAGGCGCAGGUGCAGACGCCGGCACAACAACCCCAAGAGAACCAACCACAACAACCACCGCAGCCGACUGCGCCCGCUAUGCCAGCUUACUACAAGGCCAAAGAGUACAACCCAGAGACUGCUGUGGACCCACUUGUUAAACCAGUUGGUGCCAACAAGCUGCAGCUAGCGUGUUGGUACGUGGCGUUCCCAAUCCACUGGUCGUGCCGGCGCACGAUGCCUGACUGCCGCGGCCGCUGGUACCCGAUCACCUUCAUCAUCUCUAUGCUCUGGAUCUCUUUCUACUCCUAUUUCAUGGUCUGGAUGAUCACCAUCAUCGGGUAUACUUUGGGAAUUCCUGAUACGGUGAUGGGGUUGACUUUUGUAGCGGCGGGUGUGUCUGUGCCUGAUGCGCUUUCCUCACUCGCUGUCAUUAAGGAAGGGUACGGCGACAUGGCGGUCUCUAACGCGGUGGGGUCCAAUGUGUUCGACAUCCUGGUGUGUCUUGGUCUGCCCUGGUUCAUACAAACCGCCAUCAUACAUCCCGGUAGUCACGUCAAUGUCAUCAGCAAAGGUCUAAUCUACUCUACGCUGUCUCUGUUCUCGACGGUAAUCUUCCUUGUAGUAGCGACGCACGCCAACGGCUGGAAGUUGGACCGUAAGUACGGCGUGGUCCUGAUGAUUUGGUACCUGCUCUUCAUAACCCUCGCCAGUCUCUACGAGCUGAAUGUCUUUGGGAACUUCCAUCAGCCAGAUUGCGAAUCUGCGUAUUAAUUUGUCUAAAAUUCAUUUGUUUGAAAGUGACAGAUCGAUUUCUUAUACUCUUUGACAGGCAAAGAAUAUG